AUGUACAUCACAGAGGAAAACGUCAAAGGUUUUGGGGAACCCCUCGUAGUGACCAAAGGGUGGAUCUCUUCUCGUAAGCUUGUAGACAUGAUUGUGGCGGCAGGAGCGGCCUUACUACACGGUGAAAUCGACAUAGAAGCGGCUGCACACCUACAGCAUGAGUUCGACUAUUACCAAGGAGAGAAGUCAGGAAAGGGCAUCUUUGCUAAAGGACGAAAACAGCUAACCCGGUCGGAGAAAGCGGAAAAGGCAAAGGUCAAGAAGGAUGCCACCAGAGAGGUUUACGUUCCAGAACGCCUACUAUUGCUGGCUCGGCAUGGAGAUUUACUACUAUCAGGAGUCUCCCAAUUAGGACAAAUAACAGACAUAAGGGAUCGGAAGACUUGA